GACUGACGUUUAGAAUCAGCUGUCAUGGUUGUUUAGUUUUGAGUUUUGUUUUAAUUUUUAUUUACUAUUUAUUUUAGUUCGGUUGAUUGUUAAUUUUAAGAUGAAACUGUAGUGUUUAUAUAACAAGAGGACAAAUAUGGCACCCAGAAAAAAACAAAACAGUCGUAAGAGAAAAUCUCUGGAUGAAAACAAAAAUGAAAGUGUAACAUUCUCUAAAAACUUAUCCCAAAAAUAUAUUGAAAAUAUUAACGUAACUUUUGAUGAAAUAAAAGAAGCUGAUUAUGUAAAGAAAGUAUAUAACAACAAAAUUGAUAAUAAUUUUGUAGAAGAAUCCAGUGCUGUUUUACAUUCAUGUCAAUUAUGCUGCAAAAUAUUUUCUGUCCAAAAAGAUUAUGAAAACCAUAUGAAAAAUUGUACCAAUAGUAAUUCUGAUAUAUCAAACGUGCGUUUUAUUAGUACUAAUGAAACUACUGAAACUGUUCCUAUUCAAGAUGACAGCACAACUGUAUCUCCCAACAGAAACACUUUCUACCCUUGUCAAAAUUGCAUUAAAGUUUUUCCUAGUGAGAAAACAUGCAAAUCACACAUGAACCAAUGUAUUAAAAAGAAUAACCUGAGAAAUAAAGAAUUAAUAAAUACAAAAACCAAAGAAAGUGAUAAUCCAAGGUGCCAGUCUCCAUAUACAGAAAGUGACAAGUUUAAUGAUGUUUCUGAUACAACAGAAAUCAUUGAAGAACCUAUCACAAAACAACCAAAGUAUGAUAUCUCCAUUUAUGAUUAUGAUGAAGUAGAUUCAGAAGAUGACACUCCUAAGGUAACUAAAGACACCAAGUGUAAAUUUUGCGAUUUUAUAGCUGAAAAUCCAAUGGAGCUUUUAAAACAUAAAAGAAAAUUUCACACAGCAACAAGAUAUAUACUACCAGUACAUGAAAUUCGAAAAUAUUUUGAUUAUCCUGACAGAUCAUUUUGCCCUAUAUGCGAACAGCCAGUGAAAACAAAAAACUUCAGAUCCAUUUUUAUUAGACAUUUACUAGUUCAUGCUCCUGGAUUUACCUUCCAAUGUAGAAUCUGCAAGAAAAGAUUCAGAAGGCAUGACCAUAUGAAGGCCCAUGAAAAAAGGCAUGUACUCACUUAUGCUGAACUUCAAGCUCUUCAAGAGAAUGUGAAUAAUGAUCAACCAACUGAAGAACUCAUUAUAUCUGAAUAAGGAGUCAAGGCAGCGCAUAUUUGAUUAGCUUUCAUGAUUAGUAACACAUUGGAAUGUUUUCCUUCUUGUGUUGUUUAUUAAAAGCGAGUUGACAGU